AGAUGGUAAGCUGCUCUUGGCGGCAAUCCAUGGAUGUUAGGUUCCGAUCCCCACCCACGCUGGGAUACCUAUGCGAUGGAGGUAUAUCGAGAUUCAAGAUUCUCUAGUCGAGAAUGGCAUAUCUUCUAUUGGGAUGCCAGGUUGGGAGGCAGGCCUCGAGCGGGAGGACUUACUUUUGAUCCCGUAUACGACGAUCAAUAACCCGCUCGAACAAUGCAUGAAUGAAGCUGCCCCUGCCGCCUUGCACCCUGUCAGGGGCUCUGUCGUUGCUGGCACUUACUGGGCAAUCGGAGUGCUGGUGACGAAGACACCCCUUCCGGUUCCCUUGUUUGUAAAGCCUCUCUUGGCAACAGAGUGUUACCAAGAGCGGCUUUACCCAGCUAAAGAGCU